GAUUAAUAUUGAACGUUUUUAAAGAAAAUAAUGUCUUUAAUUUGUUAUAAUUUGUAUUAAAUUUUAAUUUAAAAUAUUUUGAACAGAUACCUAUUUAAAGUUCAGAUUUUUAAAACUAUUAUGGAGACCUAUGAUGUUAUUGUUAAUCAACCUGUUGUUAUAGACAAUGUAAGUCCUCGUCAUCAUUAUAUGAUUUAUGCAUAAUAUUUGUAUACCUAUGAAAGCAUGAACAUUUUGUUAAUCACCUUUCUAUCUACAUGUUUAGGAAGGAUCGCAUCCUUGUUUAAUUAUGUUUAUAUUUUUGCUAAGUUUACAAUUUGAAGCUGUAUAAAUAAAUAUUUGAUUUAUAAUUUAGUUUUUGAAAUAAUACAAUAUGUAUUAUUAUUAUUGAUAUUUUAUUAAAUAGGUUAUUAACAAAAUAAUCUAAUAAAAAAUAUUUCAUAGUAAAUACCUAGUAUAUCUUUUAUUAUAUCAAUAGGUAUUUAAUUAUCCUUCAAUUAUAAUUGGUAUUGAUAAUAUUCCCAUAACUAGAUCAUACAUGAUUAUUAAUUGUGCAGUUGUGUGUAUGUGUGUAAUAUUGUUUUUGAAUGUAAACAUUUGUAGGUAGUUUGUUUUUAUUCGAUUUAUUUAAAAAUUGUAAAUAAUAUUUAGAUAAUACAGCACAGGAAUUAAUGCUUUGUAAAAUAUAGAUUAUUGUAAUUAUUGUUGGGUUAUUUUGUUCAUUAAUUACUCCGAUUAGAUACCAAUAAGGUAUGCUAUGUCAUUUUAAUUGAAUGUCUUUGUAUAAAACAAUAAAUACAAUUUUUAUUAAAACAGUACCUAAAUUUUAUUGGUUAAAUUAAUAUCACAGAUACUUGUUUAAUAUUAAAGUAAUUAUAAUGGUUUAUAAUAUAGAUAAUACUUCAUAAUUUUUUUAGUUUUUUAUGGGUUUUUUUUUCUAAUAUAUUAUAGCAUGUAGGUCACUAACAAAUAAUAUGUAUAGUCCAUAAAAAUAAAGAAACUUGUAUCUUGUAGUAUAAUUUGUUGUAUAAUUUUAAAUAACUUGAAAAUUCCAAUAUACAAUGUAAAUAACUGAACAAACCAAAAAUGUGACAUAAAUGAAAAACAAAACAAAAAUCAAUACAAUUUUCAUUUUGUGUGAAAUAUAAAGUGUAUUGUUAAUUUAAAUUCAAAAGCUAUAAUUAAUCAUUAUAUAGUGUUAUAAAUAAGCUAUGCUUGUGGAAGUUAAGAAUUUAAAUUUUAGGUUUUUUUACUUUUGAUAAAUCAUUCGGAGAUAAAUAUAAUUGUGUUUAAAAUAUCACACCUUAGAUAACUUCAAUGUUUCUGGUCGUAAAUCUGAGUUUUAACAAUUUAAGGACCCAAAUAGUAUUCGGAAAAAAAACUACUACAUUCAUAAUUUAAAAUGUAUAGGUAUUAAAUAUAAUUUAUUGCAUUGGUUUUCAUUUAGAAUAUUUAUCAUCUGCAUACUCUGGGGUUCAAUAUGCUAUCAUACCUUUUCAUUAUUAAACAUCACAAGAUUUCUAUUAUUUGAAAAUUGGGUUGGUUUUGUUUAGAAUGUUAUAUAAUUAAUAGAAUCAACAAAUUAUAAGUUUCAUCCUUGUCUAUGUUAUGACUUAAAUGUUCAUAGCUAUCUUAGUAUUUGAAUUUAUGUUUCUUGAAAGUAUGAAAUAUACUACCUAAUUUUAUAUAGGUAUUUAAUAAUUAUUACAACAAAUUAUACAGUUAAGCUUGAGAUUUAAGUAAUAUUUUACAAAACUAGAAUGUUUGCUUAUUUAGUUUGCAAGGUCAAAUGUUUUGUAUUUUUUCGUAUAAAUAAAUUUAACUCGUGUUUGACAAAUAUUAAAAUUUUCAUGUACUAAUCUAGUUUUGUGAUAUUUUGUAAUCUGUAUAUGUAAAAUUCUCAUAAAUUUAAAUUUUAUAAUAUCUUAGAGUAAGUAUAUCAUAUUUUUUAUUUAAUUUUCAAUGUAAAACAUUCACAAUACUUUUUGUAGUCUAACCUAACCUUUGACAAACAUUUGUCAUAGUUAAUGUUAUUUUUUUUUUCUGAAAAGGUUACUUUAAAUUUAUAUAAUUCAUUUUGUAGCUAUUAACCUAAUCUAUUAGUUUUUAAUUUGAAUAUAUUACAGCUAAUUUAUGAUUUUGAGACUAUUCUUUAUAAGAUAUACUAUUUUGUAAUAACUCCUUAAAUAAUAUAUUAUUUAUUUUUCAUAUUUUUAAUUUUAAAGUAAUCUAUAUACCUAAAUUAUUUUCUUAGGGUUCAGGUGCUAUCAAAGCUGGAUUUGCUGGCGAACAAACCCCAAAAUGUUGUUUUCCAAAUUUGUAAGUAUUGACAAAUAUAUAAUAUGAGUAUUAACUUAGAAUUGUAUUGAAAUUAAUAUAAACUAUUGGCUAUCUCUGCAGUAUUGGGCGACCAAAGCACGUUAGAGUGAUGGCCGGUGCUCUAGAAGGAGAUACAUUUAUUGGGCCAAAAGCGGAAGAACAUCGUGGUUUACUUUAUAUCAAGUAUCCUAUAGAACAUGGUAUAGUCACUGAUUGGAAUGAUAUGGAGAGAAUAUGGCAAUAUAUAUAUGGCAGUGAUCAACUUCAAACAUUUUCUGAGGAACAUCCUGUACUGUUAACUGAAGCUCCUUUAAAUCCACGUCGAAAUCGUGAGAGAGCUGCAGAAAUAUUUUUUGAGACAUUCAAUGUUCCUGCUUUCUAUGUGUCUAUCCAGGCUGUUCUUAGUUUGUAUGCAAACUUAUAAGUAUAAAAAAUGAUUUAAUAUUAACACUUUUUAUUUUAUAUAGAUAUGCUACUGGCCGAACAACUGGUGUUGUUUUAGAUUCCGGUGAUGGUAUCACUCAUACUGUUCCAAUCUAUGAAGGUUUUGCUAUGAAACAUGGUAUUAUAAGAUUAGAUUUAGCUGGCCGUGAUAUAUCACGUUAUCUUAAGUAAUUAAAUACUCACAAUUUGAAUAUGAGAGUGUAUUAAUUAUUAUUUUAUUUCAAUUUAACAUUAUAUUAAGGUUAUUACUAAGAAAAGAAGGAUUGAAUUUCUCUACAUCUGCAGAAUUUGAAGUGGUUAGAGCAAUUAAAGAAAAAGCUUGUUAUGUAGCUUUAAGUCCAGUUAAAGAGGAAACAUCUGAAAGUAAUAUAUAUCAAUAUAUGUUACCUGAUGGAAAUAAAGUUGAUGUUAGUGUUUACUAAAAUUAAAUAUUUACCUUAUCUAUAUGCCUAUUAUUUAUAAAACUAAAUAUAUACAAAAUAAAUAUAUAUUUACAAUUUUAACACAACUUUUUCAGCAUUCGAAAAUUGUAUUGAAUUUUUGUAAUUUUAAUAAUAUUUUUAGAUUGGUCCUGCUCGUUUUCGUGCUCCUGAAGUUUUAUUCCAUCCAGAUUUAAUUGGUGAGGAAUGUGAAGGUUUACAUGAAGCAUUAGUAUAUUCCAUACAAAAAUCAGAUUUAGAUGUACGGAAAAAAUUGUACCAAAGUAUUGUACUUGCUGGAGGUUCAACUUUAUUGUCUGUGAGCUAAACAUUAUUAAAUAAUAAUAAUAUUAUUUAAUUUUCUUAAUUGCUUAUGAUUUUUAUUUAUUUGCAGGGUUUUGGCGAUAGAUUAUUAUCAGAAAUAAAGAAAUUAGCUCCUAAAAAUAUGAAAUUAAAGGUAAGUGCUAAAAAUUGUCGUCUUUUGGUAUUUUUAAAAUUUGUUAAUAUUCUUUUUAAACUAUAUUUAAAUUUUUGAUAUGUAAUAAAAUUGAUUUAUUUUAUGAAAUCCAUAAAAUAAUGUUUUAAAGUCUUAACAACUCGCAUUUGAAUCUUGAUCAUGUUCUUUUGUGCAUGUGUACAAUACAAAACCGACUAAUGCUGGUUUUUUUUUAGAUUUUGGCACCACAAGAACGUUUGUAUACGACGUGGAUAGGAGGCUCAAUCCUGGCUUCGUUAGGCACCUUCCGCCGGAUGUGGGUGUCUAAACGGGAAUUUUUCGAAGAGGGUGCACGAGUAAUUCAUAGAAAAACAAUGUAAUUGCCAUCGUCGUCACCCUCUUCUCUCAGGGUUGAUCAUUACACACUCACACGAUGGCCCACCAUCCCCAGUGGAUUAACAGCUACGCGAAUGAUAUAAUAAUCAAUUAAGCGUAUUUUUAAAAUGGCGUUUUGUCAAUCUUAAACGUCUACUAUUCCAUGUGGAUAUGAGUUUCAUACACUCAGCAUAUUUACACACACAAACACCCCACUUACAUAUUUUUUUUUUUUUGUAUAUGGUUUUGUGAUUGAUCUUCUCCAGUGAAAUCACGCUCUUGUAUAAAAUGUGCUCUAAUCAUUUUUUUCUUCAUUACCCCAUUUGUUUUAUAUAUUAUUAUUUGUUUCGCUUAUGGAUAUUUUAAUAAUAAUUUACUAUAAAGUAAAUAUUCCUGGUACGAUGUGUGCCUCGUUGCAUUUCUAAUAUUUUUAUUCUUAUAUACAUAUAUUUUAUAGGUCUGCUAAAUUAAUUAAUAUCUGUUUGUAUUCUAUGAAUCCAUUACCAAACAGUGUAAUGGAUAGCUCUUGUAAAUAUAUUUAUUUACUAAUUUAAUUUAUUAAUUUUUGAUUAAAAGAAAAACAAAGAUCUAUUAAACAACAAUGACUUAAAAAUGUAUAAUAUGAAUAGACCUAAAUUCAAUAAAUAAAUAUAGUUUAUUAUAACAUUAUGCUAUCAAAUUCCACCAUUG